UAGACCUUCCCGAGAGAGGAGGAAGCCCGGGGAGAGACGCCUGGUCCCCUCCCCGCCUCCAGGCCGCCGCCCCCUCUCUGCCCUCGGCGGCGAGCGGCGCGCCCCGACCCUGGCCGAAGGUGCGAGGGGCUCCCGGCAGCCGGGCGGGCGCGCACCGUCCCCGCGGGCGACGCGGAGCUGGCGACAGCGCGCGAGCGGGACCGGGCGGCGGCGGCGGCGCGGCGGCGGGACCGGGAUGGAAGGGAGCGCGGUGACUGUCCUUGAGCGCGGAGGGGCGAGCUCGCCGCCGGAGCGCCGGAGCAAGAGGAGGCGCAGGAGCGGUGGCGGCGGCGCCCGAGCACCCGAGGGGGUCCGAGUCCCGGCAGCCGGUCAGCCCCGCGCCACAAAGGGAGCGCCCCCGCCGCCCGGCACGCCGCCUCCCUCCCCAAUGUCCUCGGCCAUCGAGAGGAAGAGCCUGGACCCUUCUGAGGAACCAGUGGAUGAGGUGCUGCAGAUCCCCCCAUCCCUGCUGACAUGCGGUGGCUGCCAGCAGAACAUUGGGGACCGCUACUUCCUGAAGGCCAUUGACCAGUACUGGCAUGAGGACUGUCUCAGCUGUGACCUCUGUGGCUGCCGGCUGGGUGAGGUGGGCCGGCGCCUCUACUACAAGCUGGGCCGGAAGCUCUGCCGGAGGGACUAUCUCAGGCUUUUUGGCCAAGAUGGUCUGUGUGCAUCCUGUGACAAGCGGAUCCGUGCCUAUGAGAUGACCAUGCGGGUGAAGGAUAAAGUGUACCACCUGGAGUGUUUCAAAUGUGCCGCCUGUCAGAAGCACUUCUGUGUGGGCGACAGAUACCUCCUCAUCAACUCUGACAUAGUGUGCGAACAGGACAUCUACGAGUGGACUAAGAUCAACGGGAUGAUAUAGGCCAGAGUCCCCAGACAUCUUUGGGGAGGUAUUCACUAAAGACACUGUCUCCGUGGGGGUCUUCACUCUUAGGCACUUUGGGGAUUUGAGGGUGGGGCAAGGCAUUCCUUGGGAACCAAGCUGUAGCAUCUGAUUGACAUAAUCCAAGGGCCAAGGACUUCAGUGUGACAAAAGGACCAGCCCUUAGAGAGAACUUAUGGCCACAGCCUAUCCAUAGUAACUGACAUGAUUAGAGGAAGAAAGGAACACUUGGGGGCAAGCGGGCACUGUGCCAUCACAAUGAAUUUCCCGUCCACAGAUGGGAGUUGUUGUAUAAAGACUCUUUAUGACUUUGAUGCUUGCAAACUAGAGAUGUGCAAUGCAUUUCAUUUCCUUCCGGCUUUUGUAACAACCCUGUUCCAAUCACUCUCCUCUACACAGGGAAAGGACAGAGAGGAGAGUGGCCAUCAUUUUGUCCUUGGCCACCCUCUCAAGGCCUUAAGCUUUGGACCCAAGGGAAACUGCAUGGAGACACAUUUCAGUUGGGAACAGAAACCACAACUUUUAAGCAAUUAUUUAAAGCAAGGCUGAUGAGUCACUGUUUUUAGACACUUCGUUUUGAGGUGAGACGUUCCACAGAUUGUUUCUAUACAAAUGUAAAUCUAAAAAAAAAAAAAUCAAAGUUGUUCAACUAUUUUAUUAUCUUAGAUUAUAUCAAAGUAUUUGUUGUGUGUAGUAAAGAAAAAGAAAAAAAAAAAAAAAAAA